UUGGCUCAUACGCGUGGGGUAACGAUGCAUGGCCCCCCACGUUCUCGCUGGUAUGAGUGCGAUUCCCCAAGUAUUUUAGCUCAAGUUGAAUCUGCUCGACAGUAAUAUAAAAAGCAGCUUCCGCUCCUGCAAUUGCGAUGAUCGUAAGGUUCCGCUACCGCUGACUGUGACUCGCCUUUUUGGUCUCCUUUAAUCAAUCUUAUCCACUUUGAAAAUGAGCGACGUGGGUGGUUAUCUCAGGAGUUUGUUCUCACUAGAGGGUCGUACCGCUCUAGUUACUGGAGCGACGCGCGGUAUCGGUCACGAUAUCGCACUGGCUUUUGCCAAAGCUGGAGCCCAUAUCCUUCUCGUUCAGAGAAAUGAUAACGAGUCAACCAAAAGCGAGAUCGAGGCCGUUGGCGGAACAGCAACUAUCAUUGUCGCCGAUCUCUCAGUACGUGAGCAAGUGAAGUCAAUAGUACCGAAAGCGAUCGAACUCGGUUACAAUGUCGACAUUCUCCUCAAUUGCGCCGGAAUUCAACGUCGCCAUCCGUGUGCCGAGUUUCCCGACGAGGACUGGGAUGAAGUCAUUCAGGUUAACUUGACCACCGCAUUCCUUCUCUGCCGUGCUGUUGGCAAGCACAUCUUGGACCGAAAGGGAACUGGCAAUAUUAUAAACAUAGCAUCGCUGAAUUCUUUCCAAGGAGGCCUCACAAUUCCUGCCUAUGCGUCAGCAAAGGGUGGAAUUGCUCAGCUAACCAAAGCUCUCUCCAACGAAUGGGCUUCGCAAGGAAUCAAUGUUAACGGAAUCGCUCCUGGUUAUGUUGCGACAGACAUGAACGAAGCUCUUAUUGCCAACCCUACGCGUUCUAGACAAAUCAUGGAGCGUAUCCCCGCCCAGCGAUGGGGUUCUCCUAGUGACUUUGAAGGUGCGGCGUUGUUUUUGGCGGGCAAGGCUUGCAAGUACGUCUCGGGUGAGAUUCUUGUUGUUGACGGAGGAUGGAUGGGCCGUUAAUCUGGUAUUCUCCGGACUCUCAUCCAAAAUUCAUCAACUGUAAAU